UCGAGCGGAGAGGCGGAUCACAGAGCACCGGGGUUGGAACGGCAGACCUGAGCGUUUCGGUUUCCGUGGCGGCGAUUGCUUCUCCUGUGGACUAACGUUACGGGAAGUUGUAUUUAACGGCUCAGACGGACGCAGAGGAUCAGGAAAAAGCUGUCCACCAUGUCGGGGAGCCGGGAGGAGGAGAGGAGGAAACUGGCCGACAUCAUCAACCACUGGAACGCCAACCGGCUCGACCUGUUCGAGAUCAGCCGGCCCACAGAGGACUUGGAAUUCCACGGCGUGAUGCGGUUCUACUUCCAGGACCGCGUUGCCGGCAACUUUGCCACCAAGUGCAUCAGAGUGUCCAGCACGGCGACAACGCAGGACGUCAUCGAGACUCUCGCCGAGAAGUUCAGACCCGACAUGAGAAUGCUGUCCUCGCCAAAAUACUCCCUGUAUGAGGUCCACGUCAGUGGCGAAGAGCGUCAGCUGGACCUGGACGAGAAGCCUCUCGUUGUUCAACUGAACUGGAACAAAGACGACAGAGAAGGGCGAUUCGUCCUGAAGAACGAGAACGACGUCCUUCUUAAGAAGAGUCAGAGUAAUGGUCCGGAGAAGGAGAAGGACGGCGUGAUGCAGAACUUCAAGAGGACUUUAUCCAAGAAGGAGAAGAAGAAGGAAAAGAAGAGGGAGAAGGAGUUUGCCCGAAUCCCCGAUGGAGACGAGCAGGCGCUCCCCCGUGAGGAUGGGGAAAACAGUCGUCUGGCGGCCGAGGUUUACAAGGACAUGCCUGAGACCAGCUUCACCCGGACAAUCUCCAACCCAGAGGUGGUCAUGAAGAGGAGGCGCCAGCAGAAGCUGGAGAAACGCAUGCAGGAGUUCAUGAGCAGUGAUGGGAGGCCCGACUCAGGAGGCACUUUGAGGAUAUACGCCGACAGUCUGAAGCCCAACAUCCCGUAUAAGACCAUCCUGCUGUCCACGAGAGACGCGGCCGACUUUGCCGUGGUGGAGGCGCUGGAGAAGUACGGGCUGGAGAAGGAGAACCCCGCGGACUACUGCAUCGCCUGGCAAGAUGAUAAGUCGAGCAAGGAGGUGAUUCUGGACGAUUCUGAGUGUCCACUGCAGAUCUUCAGGGACUGGCCUGCUGACAGAGGAUCGCUGGUGUUCCAGCUGAAGAAGAGACCCCCCGACUACCAAGGAAGGAAGGGGAGAAAAGUGGACGACAAAGGCCUGCGAGGGAGCGGCAGCAGCAGCUCACUGCCGCCAGAGAAACUGCCUUACCUGGUGGAGCUGAGCCCAGGGCGAGGGAAUCACUAUGCCUACUACGCCUAUCGGCACCACGAAGACGGGUCCGACUCCCGGGACAAACCAAAGCUGUACCGGCUCCAGCAAAGCAUCACCGAGGUCGGCUCUGACUGCACAGAGGACGGAGCCAUCCAGUCUUUGAACAAAACCCUCCUCCUUUCCCCCAGCCCAGAUGGCACAUGGCUGCUCGGCCCGGGGAUCCUGCCCCACCACUGCAACCUCAUGCACAGCGAGGGCAUGGUGACCGUGACGCCCCACGGCCCGGACGCCGACACCUUUGUCGACGGGCAACGCGUCAACGAGACCACGGUGCUGCGCUCGGGCUGCACCCUCCAGUUUGGCUCCGUGCACGUCUUCAAGUUCGUGGACCCCAUGGUCGACCAGGGAGGGAAGAGAGAGCCAGCUGCCAUGAUGAGGAGCCGACAAAAGUCUGGCAGUGUGCCAGAAACCACCUUCGACCUUCACGGAGACGUCCACAGUGGAGCUGCACUGCCCACCAGCAAGAGCUCAGGGAAGCUUGAGAUGGAGCGCGGCAUGGUCAAACCUACGAUCAGAGGAGAGCAGCAGGACAGCACGUCUCAGGACAUUUCAGUAGACAGGACCGAGAUGACUCUGCCGGCCGGCAUCGAGUUCAGAGACAACUCUGAAGACACCUUCCUGUCCGCCAUCAUCAACUACACCAACAGCUCCACGGUCCACUUCAAACUCUCGCCCACCUACGUCCUGUACAUGGCGUGUCGCUACGUCCUGUCGCCCUCUUACCGGCCCGACAUGUCGCCGUCCGAGAGGACGCACAAGGUCAUCGCCAUCGUCAACAAGAUGGUGAGCAUGAUGGAGGGAGUCAUCCAGGAGAUUCCUGAAGGGGAUCAGAAGCAGAAGAACAUCGCCGGAGCGCUGGCCUUCUGGAUGGCCAACGCCUCAGAGCUGCUCAACUUCAUCAAGCAGGACCGGGACCUGAGUCGCGUCACGCUGGACGCCCAGGACGUCCUCGCCCAUCUGGUCCAGAUGGCAUUCAAGUACUUGGUCCACUGUCUCCAGGCGGAUCUGAACAACUACAUGCCCGCCUUCCUGGACGACCCCGAGGAACAUAAUCCACAGAGACCCAAGAUCGAGGACGUCCUGCACACACUGACGGGGGCGAUGUCGUUGCUGCGGCGGUGUCGGGUCAACGCCGCCCUGACCAUCCAGCUGUUCUCGCAGCUCUUCCACUUCAUCAACAUGUGGCUCUUCAACAAGCUGGUGACGGACACCGACUCGGGGCUGUGCUGCCACUACUGGGGGGCGAUCCUCCGGCAGCAGCUCAGCCACAUCGAGGCCUGGGCAGAGAAACAGGGUCUGGAGCUCGCCGCCGACUGCCACCUCAGUCGAAUCGUUCAGGCCACCACCCUGCUGACCAUGGACAAGUACUCCAUGCAGGACGUGCAGAACAUCCACAACACCUGCUUUAAACUCAACUCCCUGCAGCUCCACGCUCUCAUGACCAACUACCAUUGUGCUCCGGACGAGCCGUACAUCCCGCCUGAGCUGAUCGACCACGUGGUGGCUGUGGCAGAGAACACAGCAGAUGAGCUCGCGAGGAGCGACGGCAGAGAGGUUCAGCUGGAGGAGGAUCCGGACCUCCAGCUGCCCUUCCUCCUGCCGGAGGACGGCUACUCCUGCGACGUGGUGCGUAACCUCCCCAACGGCCUGCAGGACUUCCUGGAGCCGCUGCUGCAGAGAGGUUUCUGUAGGUUAGUGCCCCACCCCCGAUCGCCGGGUACCUGGACCGUCCACUUUGAAGGAGCCGACUGCGACAGCCACUUCUCUGCUGCUGACAGUUCUGAGAUGCCAAUGAAGAAAGACCCGGAGGUUGUCACGGUGACCCUGAAGAAGCACAACGGCAUGGGCCUCAGCAUCGUUGCUGCGAAGGGUGCUGGUCAGGAGAAGCUGGGCAUCUACAUCAAGUCCGUUGUCAAAGGAGGAGCGGCUGAUGUGGACGGCCGUUUGACUGCAGGUGACCAGCUGUUGAGCGUGGACGGACGCAGCCUGGUUGGCCUAUCGCAAGAGAGGGCAGCAGAGCUGAUGACGAGGACGGGCUCAGUCGUGACUCUGGAGGUCGCCAAGCAGGGAGCCAUCUACCACGGACUGGCUACACUCCUCAACCAGCCCAGCCCCUUGAUGCCAAGAGCAUCAGACCGAGGCCGCGACAAGAACGGGAAACUGCGACCGAAGAGCGAAGGCUUCGAGUUGUACAACAACUCUGUGCAGAACGGCUCACCGGAGAGCCCGCAGGCCGGCUGGGAUACGUACCCCGAACCAAAGAAGAUGAGCGGGGACGAGCGACUUCUCAAGAACCGAGCCGACCACCGCUCCAGCCCCAACGUCGCCAAUCAGAGCCAGAGUCCAGCAGGAAAAGCAGUCUACCCCGGAGGACCUGGCACGAAGAUCACCUCCGUCUCCACCGGCAACCUGUGUGCAGACGAUGAGCCCUCCCCUCCCCAUCAGGAGGCCUACCCCAUCCCCACCCAGACCUACCCCAGGGAGUACUUCACCAUCCCGGCCUCCAAGAGCCAGGAUCGGGUGGUGGUUCCAGGCCAGGGGCCCUCACAGCACUGGCAGGACAUGGAGGACAGAGAACGCCUCCCUGUGGUCAACAACGUUCACAACAGCAGCAUGCAGCGCAUAAACCAAUCCCAGGAGGAGCUGUACCCUCCACCAGGAGGUCCGAGGCCGAACGAGCGCAUGCAGCAGCACUACCAGCAGGACUACCAGCACCGGGACAUGGACAACCAACACAGAGAUGUCGACUACCAGAGAGGUCCACCAGGAGGUGUCGGCGGUCCUGACCACUGGGCCCCACAGCCGCAGGUGUCCUCCUCGCUGGAGUCCUCCACGUCGAGCCAGGAGCACCUCAACUUUUCAGCCUCCUCCUCGUCGUCCAACAAGGCCCUGAACCAGAAGACCGGGCCGGGCCGGUGGAAGACGCCCAACGCUCCGCACGCCGCGCCGCCGCCGCCGCACCCGGCCCAGACGCCGUCCCGCUCUGACCUGCCCCCUCCUCCGCCCCCACCGCCGGCCCCUUACCCGGACGCCUUCGAGCCCUAUGAGCCCCAACACGAGCUGCCGCUUCCGCCGCCUCCCGCCGCCAUUAAUCCCGCCGCGGCCCAGCAGGCUGCGGACCGCAAGAAACGCGAGGAGCAGCAACGCUGGUAUGAGAAGGAGAAGGCUCGACUAGAGGAAGAGAGGGAGAGGAAGAGGAGAGAGCAAGAGAGGAAGCUGGGUCAGAUCCGGGCAAACCCCGUCAUGCCCGUCCAACCUCACAACAACGGAGGAUCAAUGCCUCCCCCCCACCACCAGCCCCCUCUGCCCUCUGUGGCCCCGCCCCAGCCCUACAUCCCCCCACAGCCCCAGCCUCCGCCUCCUCCAUCCAGACCAGAGAAGCUGUCCAGCCUGCCGCGAUCAGCUGUUCCUCCCCCUGCUAGCGCCUCCAACCCAGGCAUGGACACGGUGAUCCGGGAGCUGUUACCGCAGCAGCAGCCACGGACCAUCGAGAGGCGAGACUUGCAGUACAUCACCAUCAGCAAGGAGGAGCUGGCGUCCAGCGACAGUCUCUCUCCAGACCCCUGGAAACGAGACGCCCGCGAGAAGGCCGAGAAGCAGCAGCAGCUUCACAUCGUCGACCUUCUGGACAAAGAGAUCCAGGAGCUGCAGUCGAAGCCGGAGCGAACGGCAGAGGAAAGCGACCGCCUGAGGAAGCUGAUGCUGGAGUGGCAGUUCCAGAAACGACUGCAGGAGUCCAAGCGUAGCGACGAGGAUGACGAGGAUGAGGACGACGAGGACAUGGACACCAUGAUGAUCAUGCAGAGGCUGGAAGCUGAAAAGAGAGCCAGGCAGCAGCGGAAUGCUGUCCCAGCUAUCUCUGUUCUAGACUUGUUGCAGGACGAAGAGAGACGGCGUAAGCAGCAGCUGGAGGAGAUUCGCAAGCGGGAGGCAGAGGAGCGAGCAAAUCAGGAGGAGAGGAGGUGGAGGGAGGAGAGCAAACGGGACGGCGGCGAGAAGAGGAGGCAGGAGGAGGACUACUACACCCGCCUGGAGGCCGAGCGGCGGCGGCAGCACGACGAGGCCGAGAGAAAGCUGCUGACGCCCGACGAGCCGGCCGGUCUGUAUCGGCCCCCGCUGCCCCGGGAAUACCAGCCCCCCGCCCCCCACAACCCUACUAACACCCCCCCGCCCCCCCCACAGAGAAACACCUCCUACCUCAAAACCCAGAUCGCCUCCCCUGACACGCUCUACACCGCCAAGUUUGUCUCCUACGCGGGCGACGAGGAGGACGAGGAGGAAGCCACCAAGGCAGGGAGUGGCGGCGGUGGCAGUCACUCAGGUCAGGUGAAGCUGUCGGCGACCAGGAAGUCGUACGGCGACCUGCCGGCCGCCGCCUCGACCAAUCACAGCAGGCCUCAGCCGCCGCCCACUGCGCGCAAGCCCCGCCCUCUUUCUGACGGCAUCUUCCUGUCUGGCUCGUUCCAGCCGCCAUACAACAGCAACUCCAACAGUACAGGCCCCCCCCUUCCUGCCAAACCCAGCUCCGUGCCCCCGGGAGGCCUCAAAGGAUUUAACUCGUACACUGGAAACUCGGCCGGAGUUGUAGGAUCAGGAGAAGUCUACAACGACCCGCGGGACAAAUGGCCCAAAAGUCAGGAGCAGGAGAACUUGUUCCCCGGCGGCGCUCCCGAGAGUAUGACCUUCAAGGACCGCCAGCGUCUCUUCUCUCAGGGGAAGGAGGUUUCCAACAAGGUCAAGGCCUCACGCAAACUCAUGGAGCUGGAGAACGAGCUCAACACCAAGUAGCUCCGCCGCGACCUCGCCGCGGGCGCGACCACCUCCUCCCGUUUGUGCCCCCCCCCUUCACUUUUUUUCCGACGUAGCUACAUCGUUGCAAUAGGAGACAUUCAUGGCUUAACUUGUGUUCUUCCCCUUGUUGAGCUCUGUUGGAGAAAUAUGAUGAUAAAGCACUGUAAAAAAGUUUUAAUUGUAUGUAGUGAGAAUUUGAGAAUCACACGACAGAGGGUGAUAUAUUUUUGUUUAUAAAACGGUUCUUGGGGCGAGGGGAUGGAGAAAGGUCUGUUCUCAUUUUAAUUCUCAUCUUCUUUUUUUUAAAUUCUUUUCUUUCAUUUUUUAAAUAGCUCACUGAAAUAUGAACAAUUUUAAGGUGUUAUGAUCUUCCUUCUCUUUUUCUGCAUCAUGUUGUUUUCACACUUAUAAUUGCCAGCAGAAAUGCCGGGUUGAGCUCCAGACCAAUCUGUAUUUGCUUCUUUUUUAAGUUUUCUUUUAAUUUAAAUUAAAUUCUUAGUAAGUGGAAACACUGUUAAUUCAUUCCGUAGCAAGAAAGCAUUGGGAUUUUUUUUUAGUUUGUUUCUUCUGCGAUGUUUUAGAUAAAACUCCGGAGGACGAUCUCUAAGUGCACAACAUUACUGUAAAUAUUUUGGUCCACAACUGUCUCAUCACUCUUUUACUACUGUAGAAACCUGCCCGGCGACUAAACACUGCAACACUAAUGUGAUUGAACAGCUGUGUGGUCACAGGAGAAAUGUAUCGGGACUGGACGGUCCCCGCGCUGCAUCGUACGUCAGUGGAGUUGAUGUUUUAAAUGUUCCGCCCCAAUCUGAGGUCACUCUAAUUUUAUUUUUAAUCCAAUAGACUUUUUUCUGUUUUUGUUUUUGUUUUUGUUUUGCAGAGUUGUGUGUGAUUCAUUUGAUUGAUUGUACCUGAAAUUCAAGCCAGAAAAAAAGAAUUUCUUCUACUCACAAUGUGAUUGUUGGUUUUCACAAUAAAAAAACAAAGGAAUUAC